UUUCCCCUUACCCAAAAAGCCCUCGUUCUGUAUGGUCUCAAACAGCAAUAUGUGCUCGACUCUCAGUAUGCUGUUCCAAUGGUGAGGAGUCCAGAAGAAAUCCUCAUUCAAGUUGAGUGUAUUGGGCUCAACCCGAUUGACUGGAAGGCUCCUGCGUUCAAUAUUGGAAUACCCAAUCUUCCAUGGGUCUGUGGACGAGACCUUGCAGGUACUGUUAUCUAUGAAUCUUCCUGCUCAUCGCGCCUCCGCAUUGGGGACCGUGUGCUCGUACCGUCCACCGAUUAUCGCGACAUUCGCAAAGCUGCCUUUCAGGAAUACGCGAUCGCCACGUAUUAUAAUGCAGCCCGGAUCCCUCCAGAGAACUCGACGCAGCAGGGGGCCACGGUGGGGGUGGCAUUUGUUGCAGCUGCCCUAGCCCUGGGUGUCUCAUUUGGCUUGGAUUUUUCAGUCGCAGUAAAGUCAUCUGGCCCUGAUCUUAUAGAAAUGAUUUCGAAUGGACUCUGCGGGAGUGGAAUCACUGCAGAUAUCCGUGAUGAAUGCUACUCCUCGCGGGGGGAUGAUAGAAUCCGACCUGGAGAAUGGCUUGUCAUUUGGGGAGCAUCAACAACCACCGGGUUUAUCGCACUACAGCUCGCCAAACUUUGCGGGUUGAAGGUCAUAUGUGUGGCCGACGUUGCCCGCCAUGGGACAAAGCUAUUUGAUGUUGCCGACCUCCUCGUUGACCGAUUAGACCCUGACCGAGCAGUUGAAAUUAUCCGUGGGGUUACCCAAGGAAAACUUCGAUAUGGUUUGGACUUCAUUGGAUCUGAUACAGCUUUGUUUCUACAGCAUACACUCUGCACCAAUAACAAAAGUAAGGCCAAGGCCCACUUGUUAGGAACAUCUGGUCUUCCUAAGAUCCAGAGCCCCGAAAUUCAAUACCAUAGUGUCCCAAUAAAACUAUUCCACACAUCUCCUGUGAUAGGUGAGCGGCUGGUUUUGUGGUUGGAAGACUUGCUGCAGGGCAAGGCAUUGGUGCUCCCGGAACUCCUCAUUCGUCAAGGGGGUUUAGCAGAUGUUAAUACUUCCUUGAAUAUCUUGCGCAAUGGUUUAGUUUCAGGCAAAAGGGUUGUGAUUGAUUUGCAAAGUCAUCAAAGCUAA